GAUCUUCCUUCCAGGGAGCUGGCCGGGGAGGUCUCUGCGUUCUUGCCCUUCAGAUAAAGGAGACAGGCGCAGAUGCGAAGGCAGAGAUGUCUCCGGCCCUGUCCUGCUGGCUGCUGUUCCUGGCGGGCUGCCUGGGAUGCCAACACCCUGCCUGUCGCUGCCUGGGCAGGGUCUUCAUCUGUCAGGAAAGCCAGGUGGUCCAGGUUCCCCGGGACAUCCCUGCCAACGUCACCGAGCUGAGAUUUGUCCUCACCAAGAUGAGAGUCAUUCCCAAGGGAGCUUUUGCCGGACUUGUUGACUUAGAGAAAAUAGAGAUCUCACAGAAUGAUGCCUUGGAGGUCAUAGAAGCAAAUGUGUUUUCCAACCUUCCCAAACUACAUGAAAUAAGAAUUGAGAAAGCCAACAACCUCGUCUACGUCGAUAAAGAUGCCUUCCAACACCUUCCGAGCCUCAGAUAUUUGUUAAUAUCAAACACUGGCCUUAGGUUUUUACCUGCUGUCCACAAGGUUCGCUCUUUCCAGAAAGUUUUGCUAUGGCUCAAUAAAAAUGGAAUUCAGAACAUUGAGAAUCAUGCAUUUAAUGGAACAUACCUGGAUGAGCUAAAUCUAAGUGAUAAUCACAACCUAGAAAAAUUACCAAAUGAGGUCUUCCAGGGAGCCAAUGGACCCAUUGUUUUGGAUAUUUCCAGCACGAAAAUCAGUUUCCUGCCAAGUCAUGGAUUAGAACUCAUUAAGAAGCUAAGAGCAAGGUCUACAUACAAUUUAAAAAAGCUUCCUGAUUUAAGCAAAUUUAGAUCUUUGAUUGAGGCAAACUUCACCUAUCCUAGCCAUUGCUGUGCAUUUACAAGCUGGAAAAGACAAAAGACUGAAUUACAUCCGAUAUGUAGCAUAUCUCAGGUGAAGCAAGACUUUGAGGAGAACUCUGGCAAAAAACUACGGAGAAGGUCUGCAGCUGAAGAUUAUAUUUCCAACUACGGCAUAGGAUUUGACCCAGCAGAGAAUGAAUUUGACUAUGGUUUAUGCAAUGAAGUAGUUAAUGUAGCCUGCUCUCCUAAACCUGAUGCUUUCAACCCAUGUGAAGAUAUCAUGGGAUACAACAUUCUGAGAGUCCUGAUAUGGUUCAUCAACAUUCUAGCUAUUACUGGGAACACUGUUGUCCUCAUUAUUUUAAUAAGCAGUCAAUACAAACUCACUGUCCCUCGCUUUCUAAUGUGCAAUCUUGCCUUUGCAGACCUCUGCAUAGGGAUCUAUCUACUGUUCAUUGCCUCUGUAGACAUCCAGACCAAAAGCCAGUACUACAAUUACGCCAUAGACUGGCAGACCGGGGCAGGAUGCAACGCUGCGGGAUUUUUCACAGUGUUUGCCAGUGAACUCUCGGUCUACACGCUGACAGUGAUCACCCUGGAACGGUGGCACACCAUCACCUACGCCAUGCAGCUGCACCGCAAGGUGCGCUUGCGCCAUGCUGUGAUCAUCAUGAUUUUUGGCUGGGUGUUUGCUUUCACAGUAGCACUCCUUCCCAUAUUUGGGGUCAGCAGCUACAUGAAGGUCAGCAUCUGUCUGCCCAUGGAUAUAGAAACACCCUUUGCCCAGGCUUACGUUAUAUUUCUGUUAGUGCUGAAUGUACUCGCAUUUGUCAUUAUUUGCGUCUGCUACAGCUGCAUCUACUUUACUGUGCGAAACCCCAACGUCAUCUCUUCCAACAGUGACACCAAGAUUGCCAAGCGCAUGGCCAUAUUGAUCUUCACCGACUUCCUCUGCAUGGCACCAAUAUCUUUCUUUGCCAUAUCGGCCUCACUCAAGGUUCCUCUCAUCACAGUGUCCAAUUCCAAGAUCCUCCUAGUUUUGUUUUACCCCAUCAACUCCUGCGCUAACCCUUUCCUCUACGCCAUCUUCACGAAGAAUUUCCGCAGGGAUUUCUUCAUUCUCUUGAGCAAGUUUGGUUGCUGUGAAAUGCAAGCCCAGAUUUACAGAACAGAGAUCUCCUCAUCUGCUCAUAUCUUCCACACAAGAAAUGGCCAUUGCCCUCCUGCAUCAAAAAACAGUGAUGGCACUAUUUAUUCUUUGGUUCCUCUGAAUCACUUGAACUGAAGUUCUUGCAUAAAUUUUUGUCUGAGCCAGUGUGCUAAUCACUUGCAAGUAUGUGAAUUUUAAUAAUGACUUCAGCAUAACAUGCAAACUUAUGUAUUAUGAAAAAUAUUUCCAAUUUCCUAUUUUUGUACAAUGAACAACUAUCAGAGAUGAGAUAUCAUCUUCAUCAGUUCUUGAAGAACAAAGUGCCAAAGUCUUCAUGUAGAACUGUCUCGAGAAAUAAAUGAGAUCAUAAACUGGUAUCUUCCCACCAUGCAGGCAGAGAUUCCCUGCAUUCUCGGGAGAUGUUCGUUGCUUAUUGAGAAUUAAGUAGUGGUUAUAUACAGUUUCAAAAAAUAAGUAUAAUUAAUGUCUUUUCCUGUGAAUUGUGUUAUAACAAUACAGAUAAUUAGUUUUUUGCAUUUAUCAUAUCUCCUGGAGUUACAGGAGGCAGAAGGCCAAUUUAAGCCCUCCUCCAGUUUUAGUAGGAAUGAGAAUAUCUUGUGAUGUUUUCACUUCUGUUGAGCACAGCAGGGAGGCAGGAGGUAUCUCCAGCCAUGCUGGGUCUUUGCUGUUCCACACUGUGUGGACCUGCCUUACUCUGCACAGAAGUGUCACUUUGGGUGGUAUUUGUGUUGGUUUACAUUGGCAGGCUCAGAGAAACUUGUUGGGUCUGAGUUUGUAUCAAAGAGUUGGUUUGGUUUAGGGUUUGUUUUCAAGGUAAGAAACCGCAAGAAUGAGGGAAAGAGAAGCCCCUCAUAAUAAAAAGGGUGUUCUCUCAAGUUGUUUACACAAAGUUGAAUUCACUUGUGUGUCUGGAAGCCUUGGAUAUGCCAGCAUGGGCCAAUGGGUUGCUCCAGCAAGACAUGUGAGGCAGGUUUCCCAUACAACAGCAUUUGUGUAUUAUACUGCCUGAGCUGCACAAAGAACAAUGGAUCUAGAUGUGAAGUUCAUGUGAAAUCCUAAUUUUUUGUAUAAUCUUUUUAGAAUUUCUCCUUCCCUUCUUUAAAAAAAAAAAAAAAAAAAAAUCCUUCACAUACACAUUAUCACAUUCUGGUCUAGACUGGAAGACCUGAAAUAAAUCAUAAGCUGCAUAUGUUGAAAUAACAACAACAUCAAAAAAAAAUCUUAAAAAUUUUUUUAAAAAUCCUGAUUUUACAGGGUUUUUUUACUAAUGUCUACAGGGGUUUUUUACUAAUGUCUCAAUGAAUGUACAGACUUUUUACAUGAUUUGAAUAUCUAAUUUUUCCAUGGUUCAUCAUUCCAAAUUGCAGCAAAGAUUCAUGGAUGGAUAGGGUUUUCUCAUGCUGAUUAUGUGUCUCUCUGUGGAUAUGUGGGCAUUAAGAAAACACCAGGAGAGCAGUCUGGGCUUCAUUCCCAUCUCACAAACAACUCACAGUUCUGCCCCAUGAAAUUAUAAAAGCUUGGAGUCUUCAUGGUUAAAUGUGAUGUACUUUGAAAGUUUCCUACCUACAGCUCAUAAAAUUUCAAUAGCAAAUCUUGAUGCUUCUAUCCAUAAUUUCCCCUGUCAUCAGCUUCACAUUUCAGCAUCUGACUCUUAUGUGAACAACAACAGGAGGUGAUUAUUCAUUCAGUCCUAGCCAGGGAAGGAACUAUCAGCUCCCUAGUGCAUAAAACAGGGGAGAUCAAAGACAGUGUGUUUUGGCGGGGGAAAUUUCAUUACUCAACACAAGUAACACUCCCUCCAAGAUCCAGGAAAAGGAGCAAUGAAAGAGAAAAGUGGAAAAGACACUUCAUCUCUGGGAAGAUCAUCUGAAUACUCCGAGGAAUCUUUUUUUUUCUUUUUCUUUUUUUUUUUUCCCACAAAUGCUUUAUGUCAUAUAUAGUGUGCUGGUGUGCAGCCAUUAAAACCCAUCCCGAUGGAAGCGACUGAAUGAUGAUGUUCCAAAAUGACCAAUAAUCUAGUAAUAUUUUUAAAAGGGUCCUGAAUCUAUUAUUUGGCUAAAAAUGAGGGGUGUUCUUUGGCAAAUACUACCCCACUUUUGAUGAUAAAUCAGGAAGAUUCUUGCAGUGUGUCAUAUCAUGCUUUUUUACCUGAGCCCUGUCCAUUUACCAGGAAUGAGACCCGACAGCUCAGGAAGACACAGGCAUAGUAGUCUAGAAGCCCGUCUAGUAAAUCUUCCCACAGAUACAUCGGGCACAAGCUUGAUGUAGGCCAUCUACUUCAUGCAAACCCAACGCCCAGAUAUUUGUGGAAUCAGUUAAAUGUUUUUCUAAUUAACAUCCCUGAAAAGAGACCUUUGCAGGGUUGUGUCUUGUAGCCAGAGUCAGACCAGGGUCCAAGGGACUGAACCACCUAGCUCUUUCUCCAAAGGGCACAAGUUGAUACUUGAGGAGUAAGUAAAGCUUGCAUAAUUGGACACCUUGCCUCAUGGAGGACACGUCAUCCUGCCCACACAUGCUGCUCAGGAGCUCUGGUGACAGCUCCAAAGCUGAGAGAUUGACUGUACAGUUACCAAGACAAAAUUCUCCGUCUUCUUGUCCUGAGAUCUCUUCGGCUUUAGCUAUUAGUUUUAUUUUAAUUUUAAUAAAAUUAAUUUUCCAAAUUGUGAGGGACAUUGUGGGACCUGUGUCUUUCCCUGUGUGAGAUAUUGGUCUUCUUGUAUCAUUUUUUCAGUAGUGUUUUUAUUUGAAGAAAGCAAUAUGAGAAGAAAAGAACCUCAAGAUACAUUUUGUCCAUGCUUGUAAUAUACAAAAAAGCUUGCUGGUGUUUGGUGUGGAUUUUCUCAGCUCUCGAACAACAUGUUUAUGUUGCAAUCUCUAAACUAUUUUACAUUUCCCUUUCUGAAAUCUAUUUUAAUAAAACCAAUAUCAAAGCAGAGUGCCUUGAGAACAAGUGUACAGCCAGAGAUAUGUUGACAAAGUAUGCAAUAAAUGUUGUGCUGCUUAUCUGAAGAGCUCCAUUUAUGCAGUGCAGCCCCCACCAUCAGGUCACUGUGACCUAUGGAUGAAAGACUGCAGAGAAAACCCUCCUGCAGCCUCCUGGAGAGUUAACAAAGCACAGAAAGGUGUGCUUGAAACCUAGUCAGCAAACAUGCAGAAAGACUGACCUGUCUUUGUUUUAACAAAUCUCUUGUAUAAUUUCAUAAUAUCUUAUGAAAUAAGAUAUUAACCAUUGACAUAACUCAGACAGGCAUAUUUUUCCUCUUUAAUUCAUAUGAACAACUAUUUUUAUGUGGUGCAUUCUAAUUUUUUCCCCUUAUUUUUAGUGCUAGGGCUUGGAAUUCUCUUUUGUUUAGUAUUUUGCUCAGACAAAAGCGUGUGUCUAUGUGUUCACAUAAGCUUGUGUAGUAGGAGAGACAGGCCAAAGGUAACAAGGAAACUUGGAUCAAAGCCUAGCUCUGAUUGACAGGAAAAAAAUGGGAAUUGGUCUGUUAUGGGUAGAAUUGCCAUUCAUUGUGGUCAUUCAUUGCAUUUUAGUCUUCGCCAAGCCCCCAAAAAUGCUGUUAGAGAGUUAUGAUUCUCUUUGCCCUUAUGGUGCCAUCACCAGAGUAAAACAAAGAGACUGUGCUGUCAGUGAGGACACCAAAAGCAACUCCUUGAUCUUUCUGAUAGAAACAUCAUUCCUUCAGGCAUGUACCUUGUGGAGAACCCAAACCUGACCUCCCUAAGAAACAUUCAUCAGGUGUUGUGAUGGGAAAUGAGAAAAGGGGCCACUUCAGCUUGGCAGACUAAAGGAAGCAUCAUGAAAAUUGGUAAUAGGUAAAGGUAAUAGGUAAAGGUAAUAGGAGCACCAGGAGCACCUGGUCAAAAGUGUCAAUAAAAACAAAAACCUGAUUCGGUAGAGAAAAUGAAACAUGAUCCAUUUUUUUCCAACUUUGCUCUGGGGGUUGCACAGAUAUGCCAAGCAGAGUUUGUUCAUUAGAAGGCAGGUCUGUGUUUGAGCUUGUUAAGAAUUCAAGAUGAGAUUUGCAUCCCAUUUAGCAAGUCUUCAAAUCAUUUGACCACACUUGUUUCCUGUAGAUUCUCUCCUAAUCAUUCCACUGAGGACACUGCAGAUAAUCUUACAUUUAAUUUAUGCAGCUUUGUUGUUGAGAAGAGUUAAUAAUGCAAAAUGAUUUAUCCUCAAGGAAUAAUUUAACCAUCCCUCCCCUCCCUGAGAGAGAGAACAGAAAAGAAAGGUAGGUCUGGUUCAAAUGGUCAAGUAAGCACAUAUAAACCUCCUCACAGAUUUGCAUCUUUAAUGUGGGCAUAUGCAAUCGCCCAUUGUGUAUGCAAAUGGGAAUUGCACAUACACAGUCCUCUUCCAUAAGAGCUUUUGUCUAAGUACUUGGCUACAAGCACAUAUUUGAAAAUCUGGGUGUUGUUGCUUCAAAAUAUUCAAGCAUAGGAGUAGGAUUUUAUAGCUGUCAUCUGGCUAAUUAAACUCUUCAUUAACAGUUGUUCACAAACCAGUAGGUGACCUUUAAUUAGGGAUGAAAGUACUCAGGAAUGGAUUUCAAACAUUAAGAAACUACAGAGGAGCCCUUUUCCCUUCACUUCUCCAAGUCCAUUGAAAAUCUUUUGUAAAGAAUUGGUUUUCCAACAGAAAUUAAGCUGGCUGAGACAAAAAUAUAUUUCCAGACCCUACUCGUCAGAUAUACACUUUGUUUAACCUUGCUGUAACUAAAAUAUUGUACUUUCUGUUUUCUGUCUCAUGCAGAGUUUGCCAUCUGUUACCUGGGUCUUUGUUACCCCAGCCUGGACACCUGCACCAAGCCAUACCCCCACCAAAAAAGAACAGAAAAAAUCAACAAGUUCACAAUGAGAGCAAUGCACAGAUGGGAACGUGCUGUAUUUGUG